AUGCAACUCAUAUCCAACCUGGUGCUACUCACCACCCUCGCCGUGGGCCUCCUCGCCCCGGCAGCCUCCGCAACCCCAAUCGAGAAACGUAUCAUCGCAGAACAAUUCGACGUCUCCGACUUCUACGCCGGCUGUGAACCUCACGGAACCCUAUGCUCCGGUGCUGAGAGAAAAACCCGGACACCCUCCCGCCCCAACAAAAGCUUCUCCUUCCAAGUAGCCACCAACCAAGACCCCUUCCCCACAACCUGCAACGCCUCCUUCAUCACCGCCUACACCCUCCCCGACGUCCCCUUCACGGCCUGCCAGGACCCCUCGUACAUCUGGUCGUUCCAGGCCGUGGCGGUCUCGGGCACGUCGCCGGCAAACUAUACCCUCCUCCUGGCGGACGCGAGCGAGGCGCUGGCGGCGGCCAAGUUCUGGGAUGCGGUCGAGUUUCCUGUUCUUGUGGAUGGCGCGGCUUCUUACCAGGAGUAUACUGGGCCGACCCUUUUCGUGGUUGAGUGA